AUGGCCGAUCAAGAAUUCCAAGAAUCCGAUAUUCUCUUCGAACAAAAUUGCAGCGAAGAUCACUACGAUCACCGGCGAAACUCCCACCCUAAGAAGUUAAAAAGAAACAAAAAGAAGAAGGAGAACUCACGGCCCGUCAACAUACCGGAAAAUGCAUCUGCUCCAGCGAAAAACUCGUCAUGUUUUCGAGCGAUGGACUCGAAAAAUUUAUUCGAAGAAUCGUACGAGGGUGACGCUCAAGUCGGCAUAACGCCGCCGCACGUGAUAUUGGGGCGGCGUAUGAACGGGAAAAUGGCGUUCUCGGUGUGUACCGGGAAUGGGAGGACUUUGAAAGGAAGAGAUUUAUGUCAAGUCCGGAAUUCUGUUCUAAGGAUGACUGGUUUUUACGAAUACUACGCGUAA